GUCAAGCCAAGGGUGGAGGAGAGUUUGGUUUGCUCCCCUAUGGCCACCCAGCCCGGCAUGGGGGGAGAGCGACCCCCCGGGGCAGGGAUUAAUGGGUUGAGAGCACUGGGACCCUGCCUGGGGCGGGAAGCAUGGUGUGUGGGGGGGUCGUGCCAAGAGUGGGCAAGAGCUUAGUGUGUUCGGACGUGGCCGACCGCCCUUCCGUGGGGGAGAGAGGGCAGGAGCACCAGCGGAAAGCCACCCACUGAGAGCACCGAUCCUCAGCGUACCCCAAGGGGAACUCUGGGGUGUGUGAAACAGGCGGCACUGUCCAGUGACGCCCCUCCUCCCUUCAGUACAGCCAGCUCUGGUAACCUCCCCUCUGCCUCUCCCUCUUUCUAGAGCAAUGCCGAAGCCCCCCGUGCUUCCGCCAUGCUGCCCCACCAGCCUGGGCUCUGUCGCCGAGCUGGGCUCCCUGGCGGGGCAGUUACACCAGCACGCAACUGAGGGCAGGCUCAGGAAGGCCAAGAAGCUGCUGAAGAGAGGGGUGGACGUGGACGGCCAAAACACAGCUGGACAGACAGGCCUCUUCGUUGCCGCACUGCUGGGACACACCAUGGUCGCCCGGCUCUUCCUCCGGUUCAGAGCAGAUCCCAACCACCGGUGUUAUGAUGGCAGCACCCCCGUCCAUGCCGCCGCCUUCUCUUGCCAGCGGCCCCUCUUUGCCCAAGUCCUGGAGGCGGGAGGUGACCUGAGACUCCAUGAUCAGCAGGGCAGGACCCCCCAGGACUGGGCUGAACAAGCUGGGAGUGACCAGAAUGCCGAGGUGCUGGCAUUCAUUAAGCAGUGCCGUGCCCGAAUGGUGGGGCUGACUCAGCACGGGGAGCAGGGAGCCACGCAGACGCUUUCCAGCAGGGUAGGGGGCUCGCCACGCAGCCUGCGUUCCUCCUUCUCCUCCCUGUCCUCGCUGCUCUCUGCCUCCUUCUGGUCUCUGGACAGCUCCGGGACAGAUUGGAGCGGCAGGGGACCUGUGGUGGGGUUUGGCCAGCUGUGCCCCAGUGGCCCCCUGCGCCCCAGUUUCGCCUCUGUCACCCCCAUCGCAGACCCGGACGAGCUGCUGCGGGCCCAGGCCGAGCCAGACCGGAGCUAUGAGAAUGGGCCCUACACGCUCAUGAGCAACUGCCUGUGGAAGGGACAGUUCGUCACUGUGCGAGGGCUGAAACCAGAGCCCCCCGGCAGCAGGCCCCACGGCCCCAUGGACUUGCUGGUGGCAGAGCAACAGCACUGCAGCCGUCUGCACCACCCCCAGCUGCUGCUGCUCCUGGCCGUGAGCCCUUCCCUGGACUUGCGCGAGGUGCGUCUGGUGUUCGAGAGGGUGGAGAUGGGCUCCCUCUACUGGGCCCUGCACCAAGAGGCACCCUGCCCCCCUGCACCCCCCUCCUGCCUGGCUGCCUUGCGCCUGCUGCUGCAGCUGUGUGAGGCGCUGUUGUUCCUGCACGGGCAGGGGUAUGUGCAUCGUGCUCUCACCUCUCACGCAGUCCAGCUGGUGCGCCCCGGCCUGGCCAAACUCGGCAGCCUGGAGUACAUGCAGCCACGGGCUGAGACUGGGCCUCGGGACCCCGCACCACCCCCCGAGCUCUAUAACUGGCUGCCCCCAGAGGUGAUCCGUGACCGCCCAGCCUCCACGACCUCCGACCUAUACAGCUUCUGUGCCGUCACCCAGGAGAUCUUCACAGGUGCCGUGCCCUGGUACGGGGCAGAGGGUGCAGCUGUGCGGCAGUGGGUGCAGGCAGGGCGGGCUCUGGCCCCUGAUGCCUGUGUGCCCCCACCCUGCUAUGAGGUGGUGAGGGCUGGACUGGCCUUCCGGGAGCGGGAACGCUGUGGCUCGCUGCCUGACAUUCGCUACGUCCUGCGCAAGGCCCUGCAGAAGGCCACGGGGCAGCUGGGCGGCCCACUGUCCCUGUCUCCCAGGAGGCUGUGCGCAUGGGCAGGAGAGGCUUGGACCCCCCUGGAGUGCCUCCCUGCAGCCCCUGCAGGUGAGAGCCAUGGGGUGCGGGUGGGGUGGACAGGGUGUACUGACUCCAGGCCUUCACCCCCACCCUUCUGCUCCCCAGAACCGCUCUACUAUGAGGUAGGGGAUGGCAGCCCAGAGCGGGCAGCAGCCGAUGGCAACGCAGACCGGUGUGCUGAGCCGGGCAGGGGCAGCCCAGUACCCGGGCUGCAGGGCAAGGGGCAGCCCAGCCCCCAGGUGAGCCAGGCCAGAGAAGCCUCAGACAGCAGCUUGGAGGUGGACAGCAGCAGCCAGGAGGAGUCAAGGGGCUGGGAGAGUGGCAGCCCAGGCUCCAGCACCGCGGAGCCGGCCCGGUCCCCAGCCCUGCCCUGUGUGAGCAGCCUCCAGGCCUCGGCCUGCCUGCUGGAUCAAGCCCAAGCCUCGCUGGAAACCCUGGAGCGCCGCUUUGCCUCUGGCAUCCAGGCCCUGCAGGACUUAGUCAGCCUCCAGGGGGUGCUCCCGGCCCGGCCCUGCUGCAGCAGGCGUGGGGCUGGCCAAGCAGGGGUCCCGCGGGCAUGCUGCAGCCUGGGGGCCCUGCAAGGGUCUGGCUGGCCACCCAUGGCCCCAGCAGGUGAGCACAGCGGGGCCAGUCCGGGGCCCGAGGGUCAUCCCCUGCAGACCCUCAUCGAUUUCUCUGCCUGGGUACGAAUGCAGGAGCAGCAGCAGGGCCUGGGAUGCUCCAACCCAGCCUGUGAACCCACCCUGGACAGCCCAUUUGGCACCCUGCAGUCGCUGGACCUGCUGCAGGAGAUCAUCGACGAGCUGAAGGGCACGGGAGAUGCCGGGGCCAGGCGGCCGGCGGGCAGGGAGCAGAGCAGGCCACGAGGCUGCUGGAAAUGUAUCCAGACCCUGGGACAUGAUCCUUCCUCAGCGCAGGUCUGCCUUGGGGCUCAGGAGGGGAGACCCUGAGCCGUAAGGAUUGAGACCCCCAGCCGCUGGCUGGAGUCGCCCUGAAGGUGGACGUUGGGCUGUAACCUCUGGACUGUUUCCAAACGGACUUUUGGCCGCUCCAGGCUCGUCUCUGCUUGUAUCUGGACCUCAAGAAUUGAACUCAAGCCUGUCUGGGUA